AUGAAAACCUCAGACACACCUGGUUAUGAACCCAACUGUACCUUGACUGACCUCAUAACUCAUCACCUGGAUGAAUGGGACUCUUACUCUAUAGCAAACUUGACUCUUGAGGAGGAGGCUAACUUCAUGAACUGUACCAACUUGCACCACAUUGUCAACAUUAACUGUUCCCAUGAAGACUAUUUAUGUUGGUGUGCCAAGGACGUGUAUACUCACUACUGUUCUGGCACUCCUGAAUAUUAUUCCUACAUUUACCGCAUCAUCGGCACACUAUUUCAAGGUAUCAUCUUCGUCAUCGGAGUCAUCGGCAACAUUAUGGUAGUCAUCGUGGUCGCCAAAAAUAAAAAUAUGACCACGCCUACGAACUGCUACCUGGUAAGCUUGGCCAUCGCUGACUGUGCUGUCCUCAUAGCCGCGGUCCCCCAAGAAAUUGUGAGCUACUAUCUUAUUGGCAACCAUUGGAUCUGGGGCCACGUCGGCUGUGCUAUCAUGAUAUUCCUGCAGAACUUGGGUAUUAACGCCAGUUCCCUGAGCUUGACGGCUUUUACUGUGGAGCGAUACAUUGCUAUAUGUCACCCAAUGAAAGCACAGACUGUGUGUACGGUAGAGAGAGCCAAGAAGAUUACAUUGUUAGUGUGGGUGUUUGCAGUAUGUUACUGCUCGCCCUGGCUCUAUCUCACCACUGUCAUCCCUCUGAGCUACGCUGUUGACUAUCCCACACAAGAAUGUACCUUCAAGCUCUCCAGGGACCAGUAUUUCCUCUACUAUUUCUUAGACAUUAUAAUGUUUUACGUGGUUCCUUUGUUGAUGUCUUGCGUGUUCUACUCCCUCAUAGCUCGGAUACUCUUCACCUCACAAGUGCCCAAGUACCCCACUAUCAACGGUCAUCUUAACAAGAAAAGAGUCAACUCUCCUCGAGUUCAGGUAGUGAAGAUGCUGGUAGUGGUGGUAGCAAUCUUCGCUACACUGUGGCUACCAUACAGGACACUGCUGGUCUACAACUCACUGCUUGCUAUGUUCGGUUAUAACACCUACAAGGACCUCUGGUACCUGCUCUUCGCUAAGACAUGCAUCUUUAUCAACAGUUACAUUGACAUAAUGAUGAAUGAGGCAUUGACGGUGAAAUUCAAAGUCCCCUUUAAGCGUAUUUUGUCUUUUGGAAAGACGAGACAGGAACAGUGGGCCAUGACAAUGUUGUACAGCGAAGGUGGCAAGCGGCUUCCCUCCCGCCUGACAGCAGAAACACCAGCAGCAGCAGCAGCAGAGGGAAGAACUGGAGGUGUAACAGCAGGAGUAGCGAGGCAACACUCUCCUCCACAUCUCUACCUUCCCAACACUUCACCUGAACCUGCCACCUGCGAGACAACUCUCAAAACCAUCUCCACCACUAUUAAAACCACAACAUAA